ACCGGAGUUUCAGUUGACAUUCAAACUUCACUGAAGUCAUUGAAAUUAUAGAAUAAGUCUCAGCAAUAAUGAGAGUUAUAAUCGGGUUAACCAUUGCGUUGGCUGUGGUUUUGACUACAGAGAGUGCAUCUGUAGUGCAGGAGCCGGACAUCUGUACGACAGCCGCGUGUGAGGCCGCGGGAAAGAUACUGUUUGCAAACCUCAACCAAUCGGUGGACCCGUGCACUGACUUCUUUGAGUUCGCGUGCGGGGGUUGGGAGGCAUCGCAUACCAUACCCGCCGACAAGUCUUCGUAUAUAAGCUUUGAUAUACUCGACGAUAAUCUCCAUAAGAGUGUUAAGGAAUCGCUGAGCAAAGAGCCGUCAAAAACCGACUCAAAUGCCGUUAUCUAUGCCUCAGAUCUGUAUAAGGCCUGCAUUGAUGACGUAACACUUACGGCGAGAGGAGUGGCACCGUUGGUAUCGGCGCUGAAUUCAGUGGGCGGUUGGCCUAUAACUGGUCAGACGGCUCCUCCCAGCGAUUGGAAAGACUCUUUGGCCAAACAGGUGGCAAAGUUUGGUUUGUCGACCAUUUUUUCGGUCUCAGUACAGCCCGACGCUAAUGAAACAACUGUCCGUAGGGUUUAUUUUGAUGCCUCGGGCUUUGGUUUGGGCAGAAAUCAAUUGGUGAAUACGACCGCAUAUCCCGAUGUUGUGAACGCCUAUAAGAAAUACAUUCUUCAAUCGGCUGUACUAUUGGGGGCUAAAGACGACACUCAAACACAUCAAGACAUUGAAGAUAUAUUGACUUUUGAAUCAAAAUUGGCGAAAUUAUCGUUACCUCAAGAGAAGAAGAGAGACUCCAGUGUUUGGUAUAACAGAAUGUCUUUCGAGGCGUUCAACAAAUUGACUGAUAAUAGAGUCGAUUGGCUUAAGUUAACAAACGAUAUCUUCACACAAUUUGGAUCAACAAUACGUGUAAAAAGCGAUGAAUUGGUAAUAAUCCAAGACAUCGAGUAUUAUAAGGGCGUAACAGAGCUGUUAUCAGUGGUUCCCUCGCGAGUUGUGUCCAAUUACUUGGGAUGGAUGGCAGUGAUGAGUUUGGGCUCGUAUACCACCAAACAAUUCAGAGACACUGUCUUUAACUUCGAUAAAGUGGUCUCUGGUGUGCAAAAAGAGUCGGAAUUGUGGGAGAAUUGUGUGAAUAACUUGUUGUCUACCAUUUCAUACGCUGUGAGUCGUCUUUAUAUCGACAAGAAUUUCUCACAAAAGGAUAAACAAGAGGCCGCGAAUAUUAUCAGUGAUAUAAAGGACUCGUACAACGAGUUGAUUAAAGAGAGUGAUUGGUUGGACGAAAGUACCAAAAAUAAAUCAUUAUUUAAAUUGAAUGCAAUUAAGCAAAACGUCGGAUAUCCUGAUUGGCUGCUCAAAAAUGAAGAUCUGGAUAACUAUUAUAAUCUGAAAGAAAAAGUGGACAAAAAGAAAUCGUUUGAAGGCUUUCUUAACUUACAAUUCAAUUCAGGUUUUAGGGCUUUUAAAGCGCUGCGAGAAAAAGUUGAUCUAAGCUUAAGUUGGCCAAUGCCUCCCGCUAUGGUGAACGCCGCGUACGAGCCCACACAAAAUUCAAUUACAAUUCCGGCCGGUAUUCUCAAGACCCCAUUCUUCGACAGCCAAAGACCAGCUGUACUUAACUACGGAGCCAUAGGAUUGGUAAUCGGACACGAGAUGACCCACGGCUUCGAUGACGAGGGCAGUCAAUUCGAUGCGGAGGGAAAUCUAAAGAAUUGGUGGACACAAGCGAUUCAUAAAAAAUUUGAUCAAAAGGCCGACUGUUUUGUCAAAGAAUAUUCCGCUGAAUACGUGCCCGAAGUGCAAAUGCACUUAAAUGGUAAAAAUACUUUGGGUGAGAAUAUCGCCGACAAUGGAGGUAUGCGUGAGUCUUACCGGGCGUUUGAAGCGUACGUCAAAAAACACGGCGAACCCCAACGGCUGCCACACGUGACUGAAUACACGGGACAACAGUUGUAUUUCUUAUCUCACGCUAAUGUUUGGUGCAGUCUAUGGAGACCAGAGGCCCUAAAGACCCAGAUUGAGUACAACCCGCACAGUCCGGGCAAAUACCGAGUGAAUGUACCUGUGUCCAAUUUUAAACCCUUUUCAGACGCUUACAAAUGCAGUCCUGAGUCCAGAAUGAAUAGGAAAGACAAAUGCGUUUUGUGGUGAAAAUUAGCACUCAAUUGGUUUUAUUCGUUACGAAUUGAACUAACAAUCAAUUAUUAAAAUGAUUUAAAAUGACAAUAAAGUAGAGAAUAUUAAU